GGAGCACAUUGCUGCCCAUUAACAUCAGAAGGACAGCAGAUAGAAGGAGAAAGACCAGGAAAAUUGGUUUAAAAACGAAACGAAACAGGAAACCCAAAGACUUUAAAAUUUUGAUUUGUUUUAAUACACAGCAAGCAUGUGGUUCUACCUGGCGUUGGCAGUUUUGCUGUACUUUGUGAUACGGUCCUAUCGAGAAAGACAGCAGGUAGAUAACCUGAGAGAGAAAUAUGUAUUCAUCACUGGCUGUGAUUCUGGUUUUGGAAACCAGCUGGCCAGGCAACUGGAUGCUCAGGGCCUGCGGGUGUUGGCUGCUUGUCUCACCCAAACGGGAGCACAGCAACUGGAGAGACUCACAUCGAAUCGUUUGAAAACCACCCUGCUGGAUGUCACCAGUACCGAGAGCAUUGAGGCAGCGACUGUAUGGGUGAAAGAAUGUGUGGGGAACAAAGGACUCUGGGGCUUGGUAAAUAAUGCCGGACUUGUGUACCCUUUCGGCCCCAAUGAAUGGCUGACCAAAGAGGAUUAUAUGAAAGUGCUGAAUGUCAAUCUAAUUGGGCUGAUUGAUGUGACACUGCAUAUGUUGCCCUUGGUGAAGAAGGCCAGGGGAAGAGUAGUCAACAUGUCCAGCAUCAUGGGUCGACUGAGUACCAUGGGAGGUGGCUACUCUAUCUCAAAGUAUGGAGUGGAGGCUUUCUCUGACAGUCUCAGGCGUGAGAUGCAUUCAAUUGGGGUGAAAAUAGCCAUAAUCGAGCCAGGCUAUUUCCGCACAUCCAUGACUGAUACCCAAAAAAAUCUUGAUGUCCUGGAGCAGCAAUGGAUGAAAGUCCCAGAGCAAAUCAAAGAAAGCUAUGGCCAGGCUUACUUCGAUGCAUUUUACAAGGGGGUCAAAGACAAUCUUGCAACUCGUUGCUGCAAAGACCUCUACCUGGUGACUGACUGUAUAGAGCACGCUUUGAUAUCCCAAUACCCCCGUACACGCUAUUCUGCUGGAUGGGAUUCUCGGUGGAUCUUCAUUCCUCUCUCUUACUUGCCCACUUUCAUCACAGAUUUUGUGCUGACUCGAUCUUGGCCUAAACCCGCUCAGGCUCUGUAAAAGGGACGGGGUAGAAAAGUUGGGAGGAAGGAAGCCUAUGAAUAGAAGUUCCAACUGCACCUUUGGCAAACCCAUGCAGUUAAAAGUAUGCCGGUACCAGUCUUUGCCCACUGUAAGAGUGCUUCCAGACCAAGCUGAGAAUAUCUUCAUGCAAUUAUCGUUGCCACUUUCUUCAUCCAAACUAGCCAAGGACAGAGAAUGCUAGCUACCGUAAUCAUUGUUGGAAGUUUCUCUUUUAAACCUAGUCAAUCAUUGAUAUUCUGCCUCUGAACUUCUAAUGCUCCAUGGAUUAAUGAAUAUCCUUUUAUCCUUCCUUCGCAAAAAUAACAAAUAACUUACUAGCGUCUUCCCUUAUACACAUGUACUGCCCGUGGAUUUCUACAUAUGUGUAUUUGUGUAUGUUUACAUCAGUGGUGGGAUUCAAAUAAUUUAACAACAGGUUCUC